CAGGUUUUAAGAAAUGCCAGGGGAAAAGAGAGGAAAGCUAAAUAACCAAAUAAAUCUGUCUCUAAUGAACUAAUUGGCUAAAUAAGGUGUUAUCAGCUGCUCGAUAUACAGCUGAUAAAAAUCAUCUUCAGCUAGGCAUACUUGAGGCCUGAUUACAGAAGCAACCCUAGUCCACCCACACACCUGAAAUUUAUUUAAAAGACCAAGCUAGGCUCUUCCUGGCUUUUAGGAAGAGGACUGGCAUGGAGAAAUAUGUUCCUCACUAGUUCUCCCAGGCCAUGGCGCUUCCCAACAAAUUUCUCCUUUGGUUUUACUGCUUUGCCUGGCUGUGUUUUCCUGUUAGCCUUGGUUCUCAGGCUUCUGGGGGAGAUGCUCAGAUUGCUGCUAGUGCUGAGUUGGAAUCUGGGGUUACACCUUGGUCCUUGCUGCAGCCUAUAGAUGAGAGAGACAGAGCUGUCCUCCUUCCCCCGCUUUUCAAAGUUCUAUCUGUUGGGCGAGGUGGGGCACCUAGGCUGCAACCAGACUCCAGAGCUUUGCACUACAUGAAGAAUCUCUAUAAGACAUACGCUACCAAGGAAGGGAUUCCUAAAUCCAAUAGAAGUCACCUCUACAACACUGUUCGGCUCUUCACCCCCUGUACCCAGCACAAGCAGGUUCCUGGAGACCAGGUAACAGGAAUCCUUCCAUCAGUGGACCUGUUAUUUAACCUGGAUCGCAUUACUACCGUUGAACACUUACUCAAGUCAGUCUUGUUGUACACUAUCAACAACUCAGUUUCUUUUUCCUCUGCUGUCAAAUGUGUGUGCAACCUAAUGAUAAAGGAGCCAAAGUUUUCUAGCAAGACUCUCCACAGAGCUCCGUACUCAUUUACCUUUAACUCACAGUUUGAAUUUGGAAAGAAACACAAAUGGAUUGAGAUUGAUGUGACCAGCCUCCUUCAACCUUUAGUGGCCUCCAACAAGAGAAGUAUUCAUAUGUCUAUAAAUUUUACAUGCAUGAAAGACCAGCUGGAGCAUCCUUCAGCACAGAAUGGUUUGUUUAACAUGACUCUUCUGGUUCCCCCGUCACUGAUCUUAUAUUUGAAUGACACAAGUGCUCAGGCUUAUCACAGGUGGUAUUCCCUUUACUAUAAAAGGAGGCCUUCCCAGGGUCCUGACCAGGAGAGAAGUCUGUCUGCCUAUCCUGUGGGAGAAGAUGCUGCUGAGGAUGGGAGAUCUUCCCAUCACCGUCACCGCAGAGGUCAGGAAACUGUCAGUUCUGAAUUGAAGAAGCCCUUGGUCCCAGCUUCCUUCAAUCUGAGUGAAUACUUCAAACAGUUUCUUUUUCCCCAAAAUGAGUGUGAGCUCCAUGACUUUAGACUUAGCUUUAGUCAGCUGAAGUGGGACAACUGGAUUGUGGCUCCACACAGGUACAACCCUCGAUACUGUAAAGGGGACUGUCCAAGAGCAGUUGGACAUCGGUAUGGCUCUCCAGUUCACACCAUGGUACAGAACAUCAUCUACGAGAAGCUGGACUCCUCAGUGCCAAGACCGUCAUGUGUACCUGCCAAAUACAGCCCCUUGAGUGUUUUGACCAUUGAGCCCGAUGGCUCAAUUGCCUAUAAAGAGUAUGAAGAUAUGAUAGCUACAAAGUGCACCUGUCGUUAACAAAUGGUCCUCUUAAAACCUUGAGCCUAUUUGGCACAGUAACUACUGUGUGCCUAUGUGUGCCUUCAAGAGAAAGCUUCGUAUAUUAAGUGUCUAAAUGCAGCAUAUGUUGUGUAAAGAGGAACCUGUGUAGAUUAGUACCUUCUAUGGCAUCUAUCAGGAUAAAGGGAUAACAUCAAUUGUUGCUACAGAGCCUUUUUUUAAUUUCCAAAUUUAAAUGAAAUAUAAUUAUUGUGGAGAACUUUACUUUUUUUUCCUUGAGCGAUUUCUUUCUUUUCAUAGGAGUCUUAUUCUUGAUAGAGAAACAUCCUUAAUUAGCAUACAUCCUGGAUGAACUUGCAGCUAUAAAUUGGCAAUUCAGAUUGCUGUAGUCUUAAUGGAAGAAUAAAUUUCUGUCAAUGGCA